UGCAUGUUCAAUGUACGGUAUGUGUCAGAAAGAGGGAGGGGAGAGAAAAGGAGGGAGGUAGAGAGAGAGAGAUAUAGGGAAGUCCAACCAUGUUAGCCUGUCAGAUGGACACUGCACACCUCCUGGCUUCCACAUGUAGAUGUCUCAGUCUCCUGUACUCGCUCACUUCAAUCCCUUCAUCUUCUAAUCUUCAUCAUGGAUCCCUCACCUUCUUAACAUCCGGACCGCUGAUACUUACACAGAAACAGUCCCUCAGACAGAGACCAGCUUAUUUCUUCUAAAGGAUUUUGGAAAACUCUGGAGAGGAUCAUUCUUCUUCUACAGACUCCAAUAUGGCAACAUACCUUUUCUCGCUCUUCCUGACAGUGAUGGUCUGUCGCGGAGAUUUCUGUUCCCUGGGGGAGGGCAGGAGGCAGUGGCAGCAUCCCACCACCCCAGAGCCCUUCACCCAGAGCCAGACCUUCUUCCAUGGGACCUUCCCCCCAGGGUUCCUCUGGGGUACGGGGACCUCUGCUUUCCAGACCGAGGGGGCCUGGGACUGUGACGGUAAAGGCCCCUCAAUCUGGGAUCACUUCACCCACUCAGCCCCCCACCGAGGUGAUGGAAGUGUCGCUGAAACGGCCAGUGACGGCUACAACCGCUGGGAGGAGGACGUUGAGGCGCUGGGGUACCUCGGGGUGCGCUCCUAUGCCUUCUCCCUCUCCUGGCCCCGAAUCUUCCCCGACGGUGUUGCCACAGGUCGGCCCAAUAGGGUGGCAGUGGAGCACUAUGGGAGACUGCUCGACAGGCUCCUGGAGAGGGGAAUUGAGCCGGUGGUCACCCUGUUCCAUUGGGACCUUCCCCAGGCCCUGCAGGAGCACUACGGGGGGUGGAGGAAUGACACCUUGGUGGGUUUGUUUGAUGCAUACGCUGCCUUCUGUUUUCGAACGUACGGGGGCCGUGUGAGGUACUGGAUCACCAUACACAACCCCUACCUGGUGGCAGUCCAGGGGUACGGGACAGGGGUGCACGCGCCUGGAGAGACAGGCGACGCCACCGCACCCUUCAAUGUGGCCCACAACCUCAUCAAGGCGCAUGCCAAAGCAUGGCACACUUAUGACACCUAUUUCCGGCCGACUCAGAAUGGUAAAGUGUCCAUCGUCUUGGGUUCCCAUUGGAUGGAGCCUAAGAGAGACCAAGCCACACCGGUCAAUAUUGAACUCUGCCAGCAGUCCAUGGAGGCGGUGCUUGGCUGGUUCGCCAAUCCCAUCUUCAGGGAUGGGGACUACCCAGCAUCCAUGAGAUCCACCCACAGGGGGCUUCUGCCUGAGUUCACCCCAGAGGAGAAACACUUGGUGCAGGGAACGGCUGACUUCUUUUCCCUGUCCUUUGGGCCUAACAACCUGCGUCUGGGCCGGAGUCUAGCCCACUAUGGGCAGACUGUGAACCCGGACAUGAGGCGGGUGCUGGGCUGGGUGAGGCUGGAAUAUGGGGACCUGCCUGUGCUGGUGGCGGAGGGGGGCUGGUUCUCAGCUGCAGCUGUGGAGAGGGAGGAUACAGAUGCCAUCUACCUGAUGAAGAGGUUCAUCAACCAGGUGCUGCAAGCGAUGGUGUUUGACGGUGUCAGAGUGUUUGGCUACACAGCCUGGUCUCUGGUGGAUGGUUUUGAGUGGAACUACAGCUACAGUGUGAGACGAGGCCUGUUCUACCUAGACUUCAGCCAGGCCAACAGAACCAGGGUUCCCAAGACCACUGCUCUGUUCUACAGGCAGGUCAUCAAGGACAACGGUUUCCUCAGUGAUGAGAUCACCGGAGAGGUCAAAGGGCGUUUCCCAUGUGACUUCCACUGGGGUGUGGCCGACUCCAGCCUACAGGUCAAUUUCUAUCCCUUCUCCCCUCAAUUCACCGACCCCCACCUGUACAGCUGGAACCUGACAGGGGAUGGGGCACUGCGUCCUGUCCAAGGAGUCAACCUCCACAUCAGGGGGGCACAGUGCACUGACUACCUGGCCAUCAGUGGUCACGUGAGCCUCUUUAAGUCCACAGGGGCAUCUCACUACCUCUUCGCCCUCAACUGGUCCCUAAUCCUUGCCCAAGGAGAUCUGUCUAAUGUGGACACAGAGGCCCUAAGGUACUACCGCUGCUUCCUCACCGAACUCCGCAAGCAGGGCCUGGAGGCUGUGGUCACUCUCUACUACCCUACUAACAGAGUCCCUCUGCUGGGCUUGCCCGGCCCGCUGCAUGCCUCUGGCGGCUGGCUGAACCAGAGCACGGUGGAGGCCUUCCAGAGAUACGCAGCCCUCUGCUACAGGGAGCUGGGGCCCUGGGUGAGCUACUGGAUUACCAUCAAUGAGCCCAACAGACUAGUGGAUGCCUACAAUAUCGGGGAGGAGCAGCAUCUGGCAGCCCAUAAUCUCCUCCUGGCCCACGCUAAGGCCUGGAGGCUUUAUGAGAGGGAGUAUCUCAGCCAACAGGGAGGACUGGUGUCCCUGGCUCUGCACGCAGACUGGGUAGAACCCGCCAACCCCUUCCUGGAGUCACAUGCAACAGCCGCUCAGAGAUUCCUGUUGUUUGAGCUUGGUCGUUUCCUAGACCCACUACUAGGGAGCAGAGAGGGGGAGGGUAAGAGUGGUAGGUACCCUCCAGAGGUGAGGAGGUACUUGGAGGAGAGGGCAAGGGUGAUGGGCCUCCCUGGAUCCCCACUACCACACUUCACCGCUAGGGAAAAAGAGGAGCUAGGAGGGGCGCUGGGCUUCAUUGCACUGAACCACUUCACCACACGUCUCGUGUCACCACGCCCCCAGUCUCCUCAGACUGCCCCACCUAACCCUCAGCAACCUCCAGACCAUGGCUGCCUGCUGAUGUCUGACCACACCUGGGCCUUUUCCGGUCUGGAGCAGGCAGUGGUCCCCUGGGGCCUCCGGAGGGUGCUGCGCUGGGUGAAGGAGAGGUAUGGAGGGGCCCUGCCUGUUGUAGUCACAGCCAGUGGGGUAGAUGACCAGGCCCCUGUAAAUGAUCUGCUCAGGCAGCACUACAUCAGGAAUUACCUACAGGAGGCCCUCAAAGCUCGCCAGUUGGAUGGAGUCAACCUAAAGGGCUUCUACGUCUGGAAGCUGCAGGAUCGACACGUCCCUGAGUUCGGCCUCUUCACCUCUUCCCACCACAAGUCCCGACCCAAAGCCUCCAUCGCAGCCUACAGAGAGAUCAUCGAGCGCAGCGGUUUCCCUGGCAACAACGUCACAUCCUCCUGUAGGAUCAUUGACCGCAGGGCGGGGUGUUCCAUCUGCGCUCACAUCUCAGAGAACAAACUGCUGCUGUUCUUCGCUGCAUGUCUCCUCCUUACGUUAGCUAUGCUGGUGGGGGUCGUCAUCGUCGUCGUCAGGGGGAAGAGGACUAGGAGGAGGAGGAGGGUGGGUUUGCCGGUGUGUCCCAUCCCGCUCGGGAGGAAGUGUCAGCCGUGGGAGAGAGUGUCACUACAGAGUGUGACGGAUAGGAUCCGCGUGGUCCGCCGUUAGUUAGGGCCUCAUUCAUACGGAGUUUGUUCCUGUUGUAGUGGCCUGCAGGUUUUACACGCCAGCCAAGCUUCCGGGAGAGCACCAUGGUGCCCUUUUGAGUCGUGGUUCUUAGGGACAGGUCUAGGAUCAGCUUACCCUCCCCAAAACCUUGAACUUAGUGGAUAAACGAAAAAUUUAGAUCAGUGUUCUAGGGGGCAACUUCAUUAUCCUCCACAAGCCCAAUGGGACUGGGCUCAACGCAGCGGGAUCAGCAAGGGCCAAGGGGUCAUCUUCUGUCUGAGCCCUAGAGAUACCACAUAUUGAUGAUCAAUGUAUAGGCAAUUAACAUAAUUGACAGUAUGUAGGCUAUAUGUUAUCACAGACAAGAAUAUGAUGUUGCCAUGGGAUUGCUUUGUUGUUUCGUUGACAGAACGUUGGCUAUAGCUUGAGAUCUUCUAUGAAUGCUGCUGUUGUGAUGUACUGAUCAUGUAUGGUGUACAAGACCGGCCUGUUAAUAUGACUUGUUGGUGGUGUGUGUCAUAGUGUGUCCUCACCUGUCUUAUAAUUUGGUGGGUACUUAUAUUUGUCCUAUUUCACACGUGUACAAGUGUGUACAAGUGUGAAUUUAUACGUGUGAAUUGUUUUUUGCAUAUCCCAACUCUCCCUGAGACACCCUUGCACAGUCUUUGUAUAUUUGUAGUAAGGAGUUCCUCAAAUAGGGAGUCUGCGCUGAUGGCAGUAGUUUUUGUCCCUCUGUGCUACAGAGACAAAACCACUUGAACAUGUUAUCUACAAAUGGCUAACUCAAGCGCUUAUUCUAAUAUGAAAUCAAAUUAAAUCGUUGUGCCAGAAGUUGCUGCUGUAUAUGGGCACUGUUUCCUUCAGACACUGCUGCCCCCUAGUGGGGGUCUUAUGUCCCAAAACUGGUUCAGGGCCCUUGAUAAGAAAAUAGAGAGAGAAUGAGAGAGAGAGAAUUGAGAGUGAGAGAGAAAUAAUUGGUAGAGAGAGAAUUGAAUUGAGAGACAGAGAACUGAGAGAGAAUUUAAUUGAGAGAGAGAGAGAGAGAGAGGGAGGUUGAAUCCAAGAUGGCGUAGCAGUAAAAAGACGUUGUUUGUUGUUGUCCUGUGUAAAUAUUUUUGUUGUCUUCUUUUGUAUAUAUUUCAAUAUAUUUCAAUCGCUUUUUCCAUUUUUAAAUUAAAUAUACCUUCCAGCAACCCGCCUCACCCAAUGUGAUACGAAUCUGCUAUUUUAAGACAUUAUAGCUAGAACCUCCAUCAGAAUCUAACCAGCUAAUUAGCUACUAGCUAUUUAGUCCUUGUUAGCCACUGCUAGCGGCCUUUACCUUUAGCUCAGACACCAGAUGCUUUUAGCCUGGAUAAUAUUUGCCAGUCUGCACAGCACGAUAUCAACCCUGAGCAUACCGGACUGCUUUUUUCCACUACAACACCGGAUUCCUGCCUUAAGCCCUGGACCAUUACUCCUGAUCAUCGCAGCUAGCUAGCUGCUACCGAGUGGCCCAGCCCCGAAGCUAGCCUUGAGCCAGGCCCAUCUCCCAGCCUGCUCAGUGGACCCUAUGAUCACUUGGCUACACAGCUGAUGCCUCCCGGACUCUUCACUAACACGACUAGAAUCCAUUACAUCACCGGAUUCCUGCUGUAAGCUCUGAACCUUUGCAUCGGAUCAUCGCAGCUAGCUAGCUGCUACCGAGUGGCUAUAGUGGCUGACGCCCUUGUCCCGAAGCUAGCACCAGUUAGCCUCGAGCCAGGUGCAUCUCCCGGCUAGCAAAUGAAAUUACUCCAGCUACAAUACCUCUUUUGCCAAUUGGCCUGGACCCUUUGUCGACACGGAGCCCUGCCGAUCCAUCACGACUGGUCUGCCAACGUAAUUCCGUCGGAUGUGCCCUCAACCGGCCUUUGCCGGACAUCGGUGAAGACGUUUCUGCUAGCCCCGGCCUGCUAACUUUAUGAACGCCGUGUUUCCCGCUUGCUAGCGUAGAACUUUGCAGGUUAGCGGCUUCCCUGUUUCAUCUAUUGCUGUUCACUGGACCCUAUGAUCACUUGGCUACAUAACUGAUGCAUGCUAGACUGUUCAUUAAUCACGGUACUCCAUUUUGUUUAUUUUGUUUAUCUGCCGGGGCCAGCCUCGAACUCAGGCCCUGUGUGUAGUUAACUGACCCUCUCUGCCCAUUCAUCACCAUUUUACCUGUUGUUGUUGCCUUAGCUGAUUUGCUGUUGUUGUCUUACCAGUUGUUGUCUUAGCUAGCUCUCCCAAUCAACACCUGUGAUUGCUUUAUGCCUUGCGUUAUGUCUCUCUCUAAUGUCAAUAUGCCUUGUAUAUUGUUGUUUAGGGUAGUUAUCAUUGUUUUAUUUUACUGAGGAGCCCAUAGUCCCACUCAACAUGCCUCAGAUACCUAUUUUGUCCCACCUCCCCACAGCAUAACUAGUGCGUCCAGAGAUGCAACCUCUCUUAUCGUCACUCAAUGCCUAGGUUUACCUCCACUGUACCCGCACCCUACCAUACCCCUGUCUGUACAUUGUGCCCUGAAUCUAUCCUAUCACGCUCAGAAAUCUGCUCCUUUUAUUCUCUGUCCCCACCGCACUCCUCCUCUGUUCCUCAGGUGAUGUAGAGUUUAACCCAGGCCCUGUGUGUCCCCAGGCCUUGUGUGUCCCCAGGCUCUAUCAUUUGUUGACUUCUGUAACCGUAAAAGCCUUGGUUUCAUGCAUGUUAACAUCAGAAGCCUCCUCCCUUAGUUUGUUUUACUCACUGCUUUAGUGAGUAAACCCUGAUGUCCUUGCCGUGUCUGAAUCCUGGCUUAGGAAGGCCACCAAAAAUUCUGAGAUUUCCAUCCCCAACUACAUUUUCCGUCAAGAUAGAACUGCCAAAGGGGGAGGAGUUGCAAUCUACUGCAGAGAGAGCUUGCAAAGUUCUGUCAUACUUUCCAGGUCUAUGCCAAAACAGUUUGAGCUUCUAAUUUUAAAAAAUGAAUCUCUCCAGAAAUAAGUCUCUCACUGUUGCCUCCUGCUAUAGACCCCCCUCAGCCCCCAGCUGUGCCCUGAACCCCAUAUGUGAAUUGAUUGCCCCCCAUCUAUCUUCAGAGUUCGUUCUGUUAGGUGACCUAAACUGGGAUAUGUAUAACACCCCGGCCAUCCUACAAUCUAAGUUAGAUGCCCUCAAUCUCACACAAAUGAUCAAGGAACCCACCAGGUACAACCCUAAAUCCGUAAACAUGGGCACCCUUAUAGAUAUUAGCCCUCCAAAUACACCUCUGCUGUUUUUAAUCAGGAUCUCAGCGAUCACUGCCUCAUUGCCUACAUCCGUUAUGGGUCCGCGGUCAAAUGACCACCCCACGCUCCCUAAAACACUUCUGCAAGCAGGCCUUUCUAUUCGACCUGGCCCGGGUAUGCUGGAAGGAUAUUGACCUCAUCCCGUCAGUAGAGGAUGCCUGGUCGUUCUUUAAAAGUAAUUUCCUCACCAUCUUAAAUAAGCAUGCCCCUUUCAAAUUAUGUAGAACUAAGAACAGAUAUAGCCCUUGGUUCACUCCAGACCUGACUUCCCUUGCAACAUCAGCAAGAUGGGCAGUCCAAUGAUGAAAACAUCAGUAGCCUAAAAGUCAUAAGCACUAAGUGUGCUUGAUAAAUAGUGAAAAUUGGCACAAAAGCAAUAAUGGCAUUAUAAUGAAUGUGUCAAUAUGACAGCAGUCAAAAAUAGUCAACUCUUGUCAGCUCGUGGUUACAUAGUGUGCGUCUUCAUGCAAUGGCAUCAGACAUCCAUGUCACAUAAACCACAAAGCUGGUGAGUGCGUUGCUGAUGCUGUUUUUUGCUUGAGAUGUAGCUCUAAGUGAUUACAUUUUGUGCGGAUAAACCGGCUUGUUCUUUCCAAACAGUGCCACCCCUCCACUCUUCUCUCCUGUCUCACCUGCUCAGUGGACACGAUUCUGUUUUUUUUUUGCGCUUAGGCCUCAGAGAUGUAUGUUCAGGCUGAGGCUCAGAAUCAGAAGAAUAAUCAUCCGAGAUGUCACGAUCGAUUCUUCCCCAUCAUCUGAGUCGUUUUCAAUCAGAUUUUGUAGCAAUGCUAAGGCAGCACGUGCAUCCAUUCCUCUAGGCCUUCGUGCCAUUGUAAAUUAUGCACGCUCUCACUGUGUACUCCAAGUACUGUAGGCCAGCGUAGGCUGAUAAGACUGCUUGGAUUCGGUGGACUGAUAUAGGCUUAGGGCUGUGGAGGUGACCGUAUUAUCGCCACACCCGCCAUACCUGGUGGUCACUAGUCAUGAAGGCAGUCAAAUUCCAUGUGACAGUUUAGUCACAGUAAAUAGGUUUCUCCAAGCUCUGAUGCUGCUGAUGGUCAUUAGUAGCCUUAUAAACUUCCUGGUACUCAGCACUCCCUCUAAUCACUCUGACAUCAAUGCAAAUAUAAUUGAAAAUCAAACAUUUCAUGAGAGCCCAUGAGCUCAUGUUGUGCAACAUUUCUAUAGGUUUUAAGUGCAUAGAUGACAUAUUUUUUUCCACUGUGUCACAACUUCCCCCGAAGUCGGUUUCUCUCCUUGUUCGGGCAGCGUUCGGUGGUCGACGUCACCGGUCUUCUAGCCAUCCCUGAUCCACCUUUCAUUUUCCAUUUGCUUUGUCUUGUUUUCCCACACACCUGGUUUACAGUUCCCUCAUUACUUGUCAUGUAUUUAACCCUCUGUUCCCCCCCAUGUCUGUGAGUGAAAUUGUUCAUUACGGUUAUUGUGUGUUUUUUCCCGGGUAUUGUUUUGAACCCGUGGUAUUGUAUUGUUGAACAUUAUUUUGUGUGACCAGGGCGCUAUUCGCUUUUGCCUUUGGCUGGAGUGUUGUGAUGCUGUUGCGUCCAACUGUUUUGCUUCUGCCGAUUAAAGUGUGCCUGUUCACUCAUCUCUGCUCUCCUGCACACACUGCCCCUGUUUCGAGACAUGUGCAUGAUAAUGGUCCAUUCUAAAUCAAAACAAAUUUUACACAUACAGGCCUCCCGGGUGGCGCAGUGGUUAAGGGCGCUGUACUGCAGCGCCAGCUGUGCCAUCGGAGUCCCUGGGUUUGCGCCCAGGCUCUGUCGUAACCGGCCGCGACCGGGAGGUCCAUGGGGCAACGCACAAUUGGCCUAGCGUCGCCCGGGUUAGGGAGGGCUUGGUCGGUAGGUGUGUCCUUGUCUCAUCGCGCACCAGCGACCCCUGUGGCGGGCUGGGCGCAGUGUGCGCUAGCCAAGGUGGCCAGGUGCACGGUGUUUCCUCCGGCGCAUUGGUGCGGCUGGCUUCCGGGUUGGAUGCGCACUGUGUUAUAAGAAGCAGUGCGGCUUGGUUGGGUUGUGUAUCGGAGGACGCAUGACUUUCAACCUUCGUCUCUCCCGAGCCCGUACGGGAGUUGUAGCGAUGAGACAAGAUAGUAGCUACUACAACAAUUGGAUACCACGAAAUUGGGGAGAAAAAGGGGUAAAAAAAAAUAAAUAAAUAAAAAACUUUUUUACACAUACAGUACCAGUCAAAAAAUUUGGACACACCUACUCAUUCAAGGGUUUUUCUUUACUUUUACUAUUUUCUACAAUGUAGAAUAACAGUGAAGACAUCAAAACUGUGAAAUAACACAUAUGGAAUCAUGUAGUAACCGAAAAAGUGUUAAACAAAUCAAAAGAUGUUUUAGAUUUUAAAUUCUUCAAAGUAACCACCCUUUGCCUUGAUGACAGCUGCCACGCCUGCUCCCGCUCCCCCUCUCUGGCGCUCAAGGCCGCCAGGCUGCCCUUCAUUACGGACACUUGUCAUCAUUGGACACACCUGGACUCCUUCCCUUUGUUGAUUGCCCCUUCUAUAACUGUCUGCUCCCCCGUUUGAUCUCUGUGUCAGCAUUAAUGUCGUUAUGUGUUCAUGUCCAGACGCUGUCCUGUCCUGUUCCAUGUCCGUUGCUAAUUAAAUGUUCACUCCCUGUACCUGC